ACUUUUCUUGCUCCCGAUUGCUAUACCAGUUUAACCAACUGCACAAAAAAUUUAAGAUAAUACAGUAAACAAUAUAAAUAAUAGAGAUUAACGAAAAACAAUGGCCACCUCAACGCUGCAAUCUCCGGCCGCGUCGCCGUCCCCAUCUUCCACACCCUCGUCGGUAAAGAAUCCGCAACUGAAGCGCGUCGUCUACUCCAAGUAUCGGGAACUGCUGGGAUCGUACAACGAUAAGGCCAAUGCCAUCAUCGACACGCUGCCUUCCUAUAUGGUGCGUCAGGAUCGUGGAUUUCAACUGUCAGAGUUGCCCCUGACUGCGGAUACCAAGAACUGCCUGGAAUCAUCCUAUGGACAACGCGGUGCAGGAGGAGGCGGCUCAGGAGGUGGAGGGUACGAGGCCCCGGCCUGCGUACAGAAUGCGAUGAUGACUAAAGACAAGAAGCCGUUCACCUACACCCCAGGCGGCAUAGAUCUCUCCCAGAUCCGGUCGGAGCGCAUGGCCAAACGGUUGGCACGCAACGCCCAGUCGGAGGGUGCCACAGGAGCCGCCCAACAGAACAGACCCGCCCAGCCACAGUCGCCAGGGGGAGCCCCCAAUGCGGCCAACGCGAUGGGCGCAGCUGCAAUGGGGAUGCCUUUCCAGGUGCUGCCGCCGCCGCCACCGCCACCGCAACCACAGACACAGGGUCCAAAAUCGUUUGACAACAGCAGCAACAACAACUGCAACAGCUAUAGCCCCUACACACCCACUCAGCCACAGCAACCCAAGACCCCACCCAUGCAACAACAGCAGCAGCAACAGCAAGCGUAUCAGCAGCAGCAGUAUCCUACGCCGCCUGCCACUCCGCUGCAGUAUAAGCAGGAGCAGCAGUCGCCGCGUCAGGAGUUCCGCAGUGUGGCCAUGCCCACAUCGCCAGCUGUCAGCGUCUACACACGUCAGGCGGAAAGUCCUCGCUCUCCCUUCGAGCGUCAGACGGAGAGUCCCCGCUCGCCCUUUGAGCAGCAACGACCACCAGCAGCCAACUCUCCCCUGGCUAAUGCACCACAGCAACAACAGCAGCAGCAACAGCAACAGCAACAGCAACAACAGCAGCAACAGGCAGCCCAAUCCGUGCCGUGGCGUACACAGCGUGCUCAGCCUGCCCCACAGCAGCAGCAGGCCCCACAUCAUCCACAGCCCAUCUACAACAAUGUACAGCAGCAGCAGCAGCAGCAACAGCAACAAAGAUCUCGCGAUGUCUUCAGCCCAGGACGGAUUGAGACAUCAGCAGCAACCAAUUUCAAUGCACAGCCGCUGCAGCAACAGAACUUUGGCCAGCAACAAACACAAUAUCCAGGAGCAGCAAAGCCGACCAACGUUGGAUCGCUCUACAUUGCUCCCCUGGCUCAGCCCACAGAGCCCCAGGCACAGCGCAUUCUGCUCCAGCAACAGCAGCAAACACCGUCCCGCGACUCGCCCAUGCGUCAGUUGCCACAACAGCAGCAACAGCAACAGCAGCAACAGCAACAGCAGCAGCAACCACAGCAGCCGCAGAGCAACCAGCCGCUGCGUUGGCUCAGCUCCCAGCCAGCAAGCAAGGAACAGGCACCCUGGGCUCGUGCCGAGGAAAAUGGCAAUGUACUGCCCUCGACCUUGAGGCAGACCACGCCGGCGCCCCAGUCCCAGCCACAGCAGCCGCCACAGUCUCAGACAUCUUUCUACCAGCCACAAUUGGUACAAGGCAAUGGCUAUGGCCCCACUGCGGGUCCUGUUUCGGCUCCGUCUGCAGCAAUCGGUCAGCAGAACUUUGGCUCGCAUCCCCAGGCAGGGGGACUGCGCUUGCAGAUCAGCUUGAACACGAAUGGCAGCAACAAUAAUACCACUCAAAGCGGUCCAAGGGAGCGCAUCAUACCCAUAACACUGGAGCAGACCCCAACCUAUGCCGCUGCACAGCCCAACUUUGGUGCGCCUGGUGGGCACAUAAUACGCUCAGCUAAUCAAUUUGUCGAUCAAGGUUACAACAAUUAUCCAGCCCAGUCCAGCCACCCGCACACGCAGUGGCGUGAGCCCAGCUCCCAGCGUGUCCUGUCGCCCAACCUCCAGCCUCCUCCAACGGGCAACGGGAUCAGCAGCAGCAACGGGAAUGCCAAUGGCGCGCGGAUUAUACCCAUUUCGAUUGAGGGCGGACGUGGGGGACCCGUCUCCCAGUCUCCAGUGCUGCUUCAAAACGAUCCGCGCUCACCGCCCAUCCAAUCGAAAUCGUUUAGAAUAUUGCAAAAGAUAACCGACACGGUGGACGAUGGCAGCGGUGGAGAGCCCCCGCGCCAAGAGUCCCCGCUGCAGCAGCCAGCGUCCCUGGACGAGGCCGGGGUGCCGCAGUUGCAGCGGCCCCAGUUCGCGCGCCAGAUGAGCGCCCAGCAGGCACGCAAUAGUCCGACCAUUGAGCAGAUGCGGCGCCUGCAACUGGCCCAGGAUCAGCAGCAGUCGGGUACGCCUUUAGCUUGGUCCCCGCAAGGUAACGGAGUCUUGGCCCAGAAUCGCUUUACGCCCCAACGUAAUGAUACACCCCAACAACAAUCACAGCAAUAUGUGCCGCCCAGUGAACAGCAGGUGCCGGAACCGAAGAAAUAUACCGGCAGUGCUAUACCCAGUCGAUCAUUCAAAAUCCUACAGGCAAUGACAACACCCGAAAAUGCCGAACAUAAAAUUCACACCGAGCUGGACUCGGAUUUGGAAAAUGUUGAAUUGAACGAAAUCCCAAAUAAUAAUAACUAUAAUCAAAAUACUGAAAAUACUCAAAAUAAUAAUCAUAAACAGCAUAACAAUGAGAUUAACAGUAAAACCAAUAAACGUCACAGUUACACAUCAUCCACACCCACCCCCAAACCCAUCACAGACCACACCCAGGCCACAUAUUCAUCCAAUUCAUCCCUCAGUUCUGCCGACAGCUCGUGUCCCCCGCGCUCUCAGUCAGUGCCUCCACACUAUCCCUAUGCCUAUGGCUAUCCGUAUCCCUGGUACAUGCCACCGCCCCCUGGAGAGGCAGCUCCAAUGGCCCCAUCCCAUUGGCCGUAUCCUUAUCCCUAUCCCCCACCACCGCCGCCGCAUCAUGCGGUGGAGGGAAAGCCAGCCGAUGUAUAUCCGCCCUACUCGUACUUCUAUCCGUACCCGUAUCCGCCCACAAUGCCGCCCUACGGACAUCCACCAAGUGGCGGCGAUGCUCAACCUCCGGCUGGGUAUCCACCGUUCCAUGCCAUGCCUCCCUACGGGCAUCCGUAUCCCUACCCAGUGGCCCCCAGCUACAGUCAGAGCUCCAACGAUGAGAGUCGCGCCAGCAGCGUGCUCCCGGACAUCAUCAUCACGCCCAGCACCGAUGACAUGCCUUCACAGGUGAUCAUGGAGCAUCACAUCAAGGUGGUGCCUCGCGAUUCUCCCAAGCGGGCCCACUCCGUGGAGAUCGAGGAGCUGGUGAGCAGGCCCAAGACCCGGAAUAUCUGCACCAGCAAGCACGAGGUCAUCGAUAUGCUCAGCCAGCGUCUGGCCAACAUUAACAAGAUUGCCGGCGGCAACACCCAUGCGAAUCUCUCCAAGCAGCUCCAGAAGGACUAUGCGGGCGAGCAGUCCAAGGAACUCGGAGCGAGAUCUCCCAGCGAGAACGCUUCGAUGGAUGACAGCGAUUCUGAGGAAGAGACCAGCGAUGAUGAGGACGAGGAGGAGGAUACCCCAAAGCACGCAAGUCGACCAGCUCCCUUGCAGGCAAUCAAGUCAGUGACCAACGUGCAGGUCUACAAAGGCAAGGCAUUGGAUCACCAUUUGGACUCGGAGAGCAGCGAUAAUGAGGAUGAUGAUGAUGAGGAUGUGACCACAGCGGAUGAGAUGUUUGACGAAGAAGAACAGCUCGAGGAAGAGCAGGAGGCUCUCAUUGAAGAAAUCGAUGAUGAUUAUGUGGUCGAAGAAGACCUGAGCGUCAUAUACGAGGAGGAAAGCGAGCUGGAGCGUAGCGAAUAUGCCAAGACUGUCAUCCGAAGGGACGAUUCCAGGUCAACCCUUGUGGACGACAUAGAGAAGCAAAUUGAGGACAACGACAAUGAUGAUGAUGACGAGUCCAACUCGGUGACCGUUCGCCUGCCGUUGCGUUUCUCCUUCAGUCGCAGCUCCAACGAUGAGAACAUAGCCACCGUCCAGGUCGGCAAUACCACCCAAAUCGAAGAGAAGCGCCAGAGCAUCGUCAAUAGUGCGGAGAGCAAGCGCAGCUCCUUCAGUGUGGCCAAAGUAGAGAGCGCAGACGAGGACGAGGACGACGACUGUGAGGUGAGUGUAACCAUAAGUCUGUCCAACUCAUCGCGCUCCAACUCGGUGGAGAAGUACAGAACUACAGAGGCCUAUUCCGUUGAAGAGAUGGCCACACCUCUCAAGGCCAGCAAGGAAGACGUAUCCGCCUCUUUCUCCCUGGGCAUGCGCAACAAGUUCUUGGGCGAGACCAUAGCCAACGAUGUGACCAACAACAUAUCUCGGGCCAAAGCAGAGCCUGAACCCCAAGCCAAAACUGUCGAAGAGACUGUCAGUGCUCCGACGGAGGACUUUGACUUCUUUGCCACGUUGAUGGCCACAAAAAUGCAGGCACAGAAAAUGAUGGAACAGUCCAAAAACUUCUGGAAAACCACCAACACAGAACCAGCCCCAUUAGAACCGAAAGUAAAGGUUACCGACACUCCCCAACUAAGGGCCAAGGAGAACAGCGCAGAACCCCAGCUAGCCAGGCCCAAAUCGGCUGAUAUGUCUAAGGCACAGGCUUCCUUGGAGGCAGCGAAGAACAGCUUCUGGUCCACAUUCGCGACAGCUUCUCAAGAGCAGGAGCAACCAGCCCCGCUAAUGGAGAAUCAAGAAGGGAUGGAUUUCUGGGGGAGUAUAGACAAGAAAAAGAAAAUUGAGUCGGAAGAAAAACAGUGGACAAAAAAUAAGAAAACUGUUACCUAUACUCCCCUAAAGAAGGAGACGGCGACAAGAGUGGAGCACUGGACAACAACACUGCGGGCUCACGUGGAAUCCAUGCCAUUGGCCCAAAAAGCUGAGGUUCAUUUUGUGGUGGAAGAAAAGCCCAUGGAGAUCGAGAAGCAAAAAGAGCAGGAACAGAACGAGGACUUCUCGGCUUCGGAAGAUCAGUCAAGAGCCGCCUACAAAGAAGACUUAGAGAAAGAACUCACAUUAGAGGCUGAGAUGGAUAUCUGGAAUGGCCAUCAGGAUGAGCAGCAGGAUGAGGAGGACGCGGACUUCUGGGCCGACAACAAGUCUACAGCGAGCAGCAACGAGGACGAGAAGGUUUCGGGACGCUUCGCUUACGAUCCUACGAAAUACCCCGAGGAGCCCCGAGAGGUGGACACUGACGAAGAAAUUGAUUUCUGGGCCGAGAUCGAGGCGAAGAGGAAGCCAGACGACGACGAUGAUGUGACCUUCCACAGGUCGGCCACCUUCUGGGCCCGAAAAGAGCGUCAGAAUUCUGUGGAGGAAACCCCGUACAAGCCCGUGGAAAUCAAAGCCUUCAGAGCCAAGCUGCCCGAUGAGCCUGCCGUGGCAAUCGAUGUGUGGGCCACUCUGGAGGCAGCACGUGGAGCAGAGCCGGAGAUUGUCGAUCCCGUUGUGGAGGAAGAAAAGGUUCUCGCCGAGCAAUACGAGGAGCUGCCCCACGACACUCCCGAGGAAGAGGAAAAGGAGAAAACACAGGACCAACCCGUGGACGAGGUGCCCGAGAGCAAUCUCCAUAUGGUCGAUACCAUGUCGCUAGCCUCCAUGCACGAGCCGGCCACAGUCUAUACCUGGGCUGCACCGCUGGAGGAAAACUAUGAGGAUGUUGGGGAGCCCGACUUCUGGGCCGACAUCGAAGAGGAUCGCGCCAAGAAGGAGCAGGGCGAGGAAGUCGAGCAGAAACGACACAACUACCGGAAGGCCAUGGCCUUCUUCAACACCUCCAUCGAUGGCCAGCAGUCGCCACCGCAGCCCAGUUCCAGUCCAACACCCAAUCGCCACAGCGUUAUCCUAGAGGCUGAGGAGCCCCAAGACCCCGACCUGGGUCCACCGGGAGAAUACGAGAUUGUAGGCGAGGAUGGGGCGAUUAUGGAGGAGCAUAAGCCCCAGACCGCUGAGGUAGACGAAGAGGAGCGUGGAGCUCCCACUCCGACCAACUUUGAGCCACACCUUCCAGAGGUGUAUGUCGAACCCGAACCAGAGAUGAAGCGCUUGGCCAAUGGACUGCCCGACCUGGAGGUGGAUAAGUUCAGUGAGGCGCCCAAAAUCUCAGUGCGCGACCGCAUCAGCGCCUUUGAGGUGGGUCCCGAUCAGGAUGCACCCAGCUCCAAGGCAUUGACCAUUCAGUCGCUAUCCGUGGACAGUGGUCAUGGAAAGGGGACACUGUCCCGCAACAGCAGCACGCAACGCUCCGAGUCGGAGAUCGAGGAGGAUGACUCGGGCGUCACGGACAUGAAUCGACAGCUAUCAGAGACGGACACCGAGUCCGAGAGCUUCCCGGAGCUGCGGAAGAUGACCAGCUACCAGCGAGCCGCCACACAUUCCAGACUCUUUAAGCUGCUGCAGGACGAGAAUGACCUGCCCGAGGCAGCGGCCCAGGCUGACGAGUUCCAGCUGAAGCCCAGCCGGCGCAAGAUCGUCCACAAUGUGUCCAUUACCCGGCGCCAGAAUCCCAACGCACUGGGCGAGGCCGAGAGCAUGACCCAGCGACGGGAGCGCCUCUCACUGCCGCUGCGCAAGAACACCAGCAUCGAUGCGGACAAUCCCUCGACGCCCAACAGCCCGGCCUCCCCCAUCAUGGGGCCCUCGGCCAAGAACCAGCGCGUGGUCAGUGACAAGCUGGUCAACGAACUGGUCCAGAGCCUACUCCUCAAGAGCGACAGCACACAUCUGCGCAAUCUUCCCAUGGAGCGGCUGCAGGCAGCCGCCAAGCGGGCCCUGGUCGAGGAGAUGGACUCCGCCCAGGAGAACAGUUCGCUGGACAGCACGCCCGCACCCACGCCAAAGCAGGAAAAGGAGUACGCCGACUACUACAACAGCUGGUGCGACGCCAGCGGCAGUGGCGAGGAGGUUGUACCCUCGAAGGCCUUCCGCGCUCUCCAGGAUCCGCGCCGCAGCCCCUGGACGGUGCGCUGUCCGCGGGUGCUCAGCUCAAAGACCAUCAACCGCGAUCUGGCCAGGGUCACGGAAUCGCCAGAGAUCGCCAGCGGUCGCGGCAGUAAGAGUCCAGAGUGCUUCCGUCAGCAAUCCCAGUCCAGGGAACGGUCUGUCAGCAGUUGGCGCAGGGUCUAAUGCUAGCUGGAAAUCUCAAGGCAAGAGAUGGCCUGUUGUAUAUAGAAGGGCGGGAUCUAUAGUCUUUAGCAGGAAUGUGAGACCGGUUUAAGUGGGAGACCAGUUCUUCCCAGAAGAGCCUCGAACGGAACAAAAGACCUAUGACCGACUAAACGAAAACCGACUUUAAACGGGCUCUUGAGGAAAACACUGUAUCAUUUUGAACCGAUUUGCAUUCCUAAUCCUUUGGUAAAGUAAGCGCCUCAGGCGAUCUGCCCCCACCCGCAAAACGGGCGAUAAAAGGGGCUGUGGCCAGUUAUUGCAUUUCUCAUCCCAAUCACAAACACCACACACACACAACUACACACAUUGUACAUUUUGAAUAUUAAUAAACUAAAUAUCUAAUAGAUACGAGUACCAUAAUGUAAAUAAACCAAUUGAGACCAAUGACAAAGAAAUCGUUCAUUCGUUCGUUCGUUUGUUACCUCAGUAAAGCGUAAGAUCAAAAUCAUUUCUAAAUCGAACCAAAAAUAAUACGAAGCAUAUAAAACCUGAAAAACAAAAAACCAAAAUCCAAACAAAACAAAAACCAAUCGAAAUCAACCAAAGAUCUAUCAAAUCGCCACAAUAAACAGCAAAAUAAAAACCAAUUUCAUCUCAACUCAAUGAUUUUGUAAAACUCGUUCAAAAUCCUAAGGACCUGGACAAUCGGAUCUAUAAUUAUUUCUCAAUGCCAUAGAAAUCUAUUAUAGCGCAACAAAGCAGCAUCGAGAAAACAAAACAAUCGAAAUGCUUGCUAUACGAUUAGACAUCUAGUUUAAGUCCAGCCGCAGUUAGGAUCGCAAGGGAAUGGGCACUAAGCAGCAGUUUUUAGUCAAAUUUCUUAAAACUAACCCACACCAUUGUAGAUGAAGAGAAAAUAUAUAUAUUUUGUGUUUUUUUUUGUUUGUUUAACGCGAUUUGGUAGCAGCACUAAAACCAAACAAAAACAAAAACCAUUCUAACACAAUUACGAAGCAACUAGCGAAAGCGAACCUUACGAAUACUAAUCCUAAUCGUUAAGCUCUGGAAGGCAGGUGCAAUGAGGUAACAACGAAACGAAUCAGAACUACACUGAAUACUACAUAUAUUACAAUGACAAGAAUCGACUAAGAUCAUUAUAUGAAUCCGGAUAAUACGAAACACGACUAAUAAAAUACUGUACUGUAUACUGUA